CAUCACAUCUGAAUUCAGUGGAGAAAUUAACUUAAUGGGCAGCAUGAUCCGAAUAUAUGAGUUGUGUUCACUGCUGCUUGUUCUUCUUUUCCCUGUGAUUCAUGGUUGGGGAAUCGAGGGUCACACUACUGUGUGUAGAAUUGCUCAGUCUAGGUUGAGCGACGCGGCAGCUGAUGCUGUGAAGCAAUUGCUUCCGGAGUAUGCAGAAAAUGACUUGGGGAGUGUCUGCAUAUGGGCCGAUCAUGUCAAGUUUCGGUAUCACUGGUCAUCUGCCCUUCACUACAUUGACACUCCUGACAACCUCUGCACCUAUGAGUACAAUAGGGAUUGCAAAGACGAAAAUGGAGAAAAGGGGCGGUGUGUUGCAGGGGCCAUAAACAAUUACACCACCCAGCUUCUCACUUACAGCUCCAGCUCUUCCAAGUCGGAAUAUAACCUCACUGAAGCACUGCUAUUCCUUUCCCAUUUUUACGGAGAUAUCCAUCAGCCUCUGCAUGUUGGUUUCACUUCAGACAGGGGAGGGAAUACCAUCGAUGUUCACUGGUACACUAGGCAGCAAAAUCUUCACCAUAUAUGGGAUAGCAACAUAAUUGAAACAGCAGAAGAGAGGUUCUACGAUAAUAAUCUGGAUGAACUGGUUGAUGCAAUUAAACAGAACAUUACGACUGAAUGGGCAGACGAUGUUAAGGCUUGGGAGACCUGCAGUUUGAACAAGACAGCGUGUCCAGAUGUAUAUGCAUCUGAAGGUAUCAAAGCUGCUUGUGAUUGGGCUUACAAGGGUGUGGAUGAAGGCUCAGUGCUACAAGAUCCAUACUUCCUCUCCCGGAUACCUAUCGUCAAUGCGCGGUUGGCUCAAGGUGGAGUCCGGUUAGCAGCCGCUCUCAACAGAGUAUUCGGUUGACAUUCCCUUCGGUUGCCUGGAAAAUUCUCCAAAUUGAAAACUUAAAAGCACUGAAGGAUUUUAUGUAUCGAACUAUUGAUCUUUAAACUAUGGAGCAAUUGGUUCCAGAAUCACUCUUUUCAAAU